UCGAUGCAUCGUUUGCAUCCUAGCUAGUAUCGUUUGAUCCUUCGUUUGAGCGUCACUUAUAUUGGGAUACUUUUGUGGAAUAUUUGAGGUUCAAGGCCUAAAAAGUUAUAAAAAUCCCAAGAAUCAAUCAUCUCGCAUUAUGUCCGCAAAACGUAAAUCUGGUGGAAACGGAGCAGGACCGAACAAGCGUCAUUCCAAGAAGCAAAAUGAUUUUGAAGAAGUUCUAAGUGAUGCUUCGAGUGAUGAAGGCCAAUCUACCUCUAACCAAGUUGAAGUUUUAAUACCUAAUGAUAAUCUAGAACCGCCCAGCAAGCUCCCAGAAGAAUUACUGACAUCUUUUGAUAAAACGCCGGGACAAAUGCUCAUUGCUGGAAUGGUCACAUGGGAUUUGACCGGGAAACGAGAUCGGAAAAAUGUAGUGAAAGUUCGACCAAAUCUAUUUAAUUUUCACCGAUUUACUGAUGAAAAGUACCGAUAUUGCGCAAGUGGCCCUAGCUCUGCGCAUACGCUUCUUAUUAAUAUGGGUCGUAAGGCAAUUGCUUUUGGGCGCAAUCCAUCAGGUCAGUUGGGCUUGCCUGAUGUGAAGAUAUGUGAACGGCCUACUAUGAUACCAGGGUUGGAAAAAUUUAAUAUCGUGGAGGUGGCAUGUGGUCGUCAUCAUUCCCUUUUUUUGACUGAUACAGGUACUGUUUACGCUUGUGGAGAAAAUAAGUCUGGUCAAUGUGGUAUUGGUAACACUCAGCCAGUAGUAAACAUACCAACACCGAUAAACUACCGUGGUCCGCCAAUUAUUCGUAUUGGAUGCGGCGCGGAAUUUUCAGCGAUUCUUGAUAUCAAAGGUAAUCUGCACACAUUUGGAUUACCUGAAUAUGGUCAGCUGGGUCAUAAUACAGAUGCAAAGUACUUUGUCAACGCCAACAAAUUAUCCUUCCACUUUGAAACUUCGCCUAAAAAAGUUCUUCUUUACAUAGAAAAAAAUAAGGAAGGACAUGUAACACCUGUGGACAAUGUUCAAAUUGUGGAUUUUGCGUGUGGUAAUAAUCAUACGCUUGCCACAUUUUUUCGUGCAAGGCAUGUGCUCGUGAUGUUAGAGCUUUGGCCGCUAGAUUUGCUGACCUGCGUAGUAAAAGCCAAGUAAAGUCAUGAAAACGCGCUUCUAUCCUGAGCGCAUCAACGUGUGUUGCAGUAAGCAGUCCUGACGCCGUCCUGAAACAUUUAUUCAUUGCCGCAUUAACCUUAUUUUUGUUUUUUUCAGAGGCCCAUCCAUAAAUAGUCAAUCCGUGUUGGAUUAUACCUUCGGUCAUGGCUCGACAAAUUGAAAUUGCUGUGUCAAUAUGCGGACCUUUCUUCCUAGUGCAAAAUAUUUUCAGCAUGUUGUUAACUUUUUUCAAUUUGUCGCAAAUUGUAUUUACGUGGUCAUUCCACAACGCAUUUCUGGAGAAAGUUAACCCUAGUAUGGUAAUUUUCGAUUUAAGUUCCAUAUUUUCAUUUCCUAUUUUUAAUUUCGAUGGGUCGCAUUUAUAUUUCCUACAGAUGUGCAUAGCUUCCGCUUUUCUUAAGGGUACCACCGCUCCUGUAGCUUUAGCCCAUUGCUGAAUUUUGUCGUUGAACUCAUUCAAACUUUCGCUUAUUUGCUCUGGUGUACCUGAAGAGAGCGCAAAAAUGUUAUCGGCAUAUAUGCCCACAUAGUCCACACCGUUUGUGUUUCUGAUGAGUUUGAUUAGAGUGUUGCAGUAAGCAUUGUACAGUAUGACCGACAGAGGAGAGCCUUGUGGUAGGCCAUUAUCUAAAUUGAGGGUUUUUGACAGAAAGCCGUCUACGCGGACUGAGAUUCUUCUAUGGGACAUGAAGGAUUGAAACGUUUUUAAUAUAUGUUUCGGUAUUCCCCAGCCGGCCAUUUCCUUUAUAAUGACCGAUAAUAUAACCCUAUCAAACGCCUUUUCUAUAUCCUCGGAUAGUAAUACACUGUGCUUAUUCAUUUUAAAGUUUGUUUUUAUAUUCGAUUCUAUUGUGUGACACAAUGUGUGAACACCGUGUUGUGGUAAAAAACCAUGUUGUUCUGGAAGGAACCAUGUUUUGCAACUUUCUCUAAUUCUCCGUGCUAGAAUUUUAUCAAAAACUUUGGCCAGCACUGAAAUAAGCGAAAUAGGGCGAUAUCCCUCCAACAUGUUUGGACUUUUGUCUGGUUUGGUUAUAGGCGAUAAAAUCGCUAGCUUCCAAUAAUGUGGGUAGAUUCCAGUUUCAAGGAUUUUAAUAUAUAAACGGCAUAACCGAAUUUUCAGCGAAAUGUGUGAGUGUUGGAUCAUGGUGUACGUUAUUUUAUCAAUACCUGGUGUUGUGCCUUUUGAGAUAUUUGUCGCUUCAUUGAGAUCAUCAAUUGUUACUUCUCCAAACUUGUAGGAUAGGUUGAGGUUCUCAGGUAUGGAGUCUAUGUUUAUAAUUCGCUUCCUCCUUAUUAAUUCAGGGUUGAAUGAUUGGUCUGACCCAAUUGAGCUCCAUACUUCUGCAAAUUUAUCUGAUAACUUUUAACUUUUGUAGUUAACUUUUUGUAGUUAAUUACAUUUUCCUGGUUCCGUUUAUUUUUGUAGGUAUUCCAUGCUGUAUUUUUUAAUCGGAUCAGUUGUGCUAUCUCGGCGUUAAACCAUAUUGGGCUAUUUCUUAGUUUAGUGCGUUUUUUC